GUGGAUAUUGGAAUUAUAUAUUAUUAUACAGAUUGCCUAAAGACUAGGUAAUACCAUUAUGAAAACAAGUUUGUUAGGUACUCAUAAAGAUUUUUUAUGCCUUUGAAUGAUUAAUUUAAAUUUUUAAUUUAAUAAAAAGAAAAAUACCGCAAAAGCAUUAUGUUAUUCUUUUGCAUGUUGUCAGAUAGGUAUAUCCAUGAUGAGGAAGGAAGAUGAGAACGAUGAGUCUAUAAAAGAAUCUUCAUCUCUUAGAAAAAUAUUGGCCGUAAACUUCAACUUCCUGCACAUGUUAGUUGGAGAUGAUUUCUUGAUGUUUAAUGCAAAACGCAUUGAGAGAGUAGUACUAGAGUAUGCAUGUAACGCUCUUUUUCUUAAGGUACUACCCCUACCUUCUCACGACGAACUCGAACGGCGGCACCUCGGCAUUAGAACAAGUUGGACGCUGCCUUAGAAGAAGUCUGGACCUCACGUUCAGACCCAAAUUACCGUUUUAGGUUUAGUGUGGUUACUUUAUGCUUGUUUUAUAAUGUUUGUUGCUGGAUGAAGUGUGCUUCACUUGGCAUGCCUUGUAUCUGAUGCUGGAAUGGUGGAGCUGCUCCUACAAUUUAGAGGAAAGAUUGCAACUGCAAAAUUACUUAUUUUAAGGUAGUUAUGUCAGUAGUUCUUCUAUCUUUUAGAUGAUGUACUUUAUGCUCUAAAGUGCAACUUGCCAAAGGCUGCCCUAAGAGGAGACAAACCCAUUCGUCUUCAUACUGUGUGUCCUAUAUAUUAUAUGCCUUUGAAAUUAUCUGUCCUAGCUAUGAAGAUCUACCCCGCCUCUUGUUAUAUUCUGUUUCUGCGCUUGUAGUCACAUUUCUUAUCUUACUUUAUGUGCUAAACAUCUAGUUCAUGAGAAACUUCAUAGAAUUAAGGCUAGUGAAACAUUGUUAUAAUUUACUGGAUAAUGCAUGUUUUUCUAAGUAAUACAUAUACAUUUGGUACUUUUCAAGUGUUUCAAGCAAGGUUCUGAAAACCGGUUCGAACCGGAUGGUCGAACCGGUCGAACCGGACGGUCGAACCGGUCGAACCGCGAACCGCUAUCAAUUACAGUUCGGAGAGAAGGCAAAACCGGCAAAUUUAAAAACCGUCGUUGGAUCGUUGAACCGGCCGGGAAUCGGUCGGUCGUACCGAACCGUGACCCGACCGGUUUUUUAAUCUUACCAAAAA